AUGGGGCUGCUUCGUAAUCGCCGCUACUUAGUAACAGCCGGGCGGUUUUUGACGAUGCCGUUGAACGAGAUUAGCUCACAGCCAAUUAAAACAGAUUUGCUGCUGCUGAGUGAGCAGCCCACGCAGACGUGGCUCCGGGAGGAAGAAGCCAAUGAUCCGCCGCCACCCCGCGCCCCUCGCCCCUUGCCCUCCGCGGCCCGAUCAUUUAUUCAUCGGCAGCGGUUGGUGGCGGAGGAAUGCCACGCCACCGGAAACGUUAACUCACGACCACCACGUGCCGACAUCUUGCCUAUGUCUGCGUCGCGUAUCAAC